AUGUCUGAAUCUGGUCAAAAUGUUAAGAAAAAGAACACUGAUGAAUGUCUGGUAUGUUCAAAGCCACCGUAUCAAUCUAAGAAAAUAUCUUCCAAAUUAUUAGAUUUUUCGAUAAAGGAUUUGUUGUUAAAAUAUGGAGGGAUUUCAAAGGAUAAAGGGGUGAUUUGUCGGAAUUGCGAACGCAGAUUAGAGACACUUCACAAGAAAACAGUAGAGUUUUAUGACGAGUGUCAAUCGGCCGCCAGAAAAGAUGACUUUACAACACCAGUAGUCUGUAACAAGAGGUUACCAUCUUCACCUCUUGUUGGGUUUCACCCUAAAAGAGCUUCUCUUGAAAUUAAUGAGGAUUUUCAACAACCAAGUCAACAUGCAAGUUCUGAGAAUAUGUUUGUUGAUUUAUCUUCCAAUGCAGAGCCUAGCAAUAAAGUUUUAUGUUACAGUUAUACAGUUAUUUUAUGUUAUGGUAUCCAAUCAACUGAAGACAGAAAAGAUACAGCGCAGCAUACAGAAUGCAAUUCAUCUGACAAACCUUGAAACUUAC